GACAUGGAAGAACUCUUCAGUGACAAGGGAGGAACACCUUCAAACCAAGGACAGAUGAAAAAUGAGCGACAUCCUCAGGAGAAGGGACAGACAGAAGUAGCUGGUACUCGGGAAGACAAGGCCAUCUCAGAAAACCAGGGAAAGGCAGAUGAGGAAAUGCCAAGGGGUCAGGAAACGCCAGAGCUUGAGAGAAAUGCAGGGCAGGGGGGAAAGCCAGCGAGAGAGGGGAAGCCAGAAAGUGAAAGAGGAGCUGCACGAAAGCGCCCAGCUGAGGACCAUGCACCCAGGAAAACCAAAAGAAAGACCAAGAAAGGGCUGGCCCAUUGCCUCCAGGAGUAUAAAGAGGCCAUCCAUGAUAUGAGCUUCAACAAUGAGGACAUGAUUAGAGAAUGUGACAACAUGGCCAAGGUAAAGGAUGAGGAGAGAAAGGACAAGCUGAAGAUGGGGCGAAUUUUUUGGAUGCAAAGAAGUUUACAGCACCCCGUCUACCCAAGGGGCCCCAGGGAAUUCAGGGGUGGCUGCAGGCCUCCAGGCAGGGACAUUGAAGACAUCCCGUAUGUCUAA